AUGGAUAAAAUUACAUCGGCGUGUUUUGAUUUAACAUCCUACCAAACUGAUUAUUUGAGACCCAUUCCUAUCAUCUUUAACUCUGACUUUUAGUGGGAUGAUAAUAUGGCAAUAAAUAAUGUUUAGUGGAAUUAUUCUCUAGAAGUUAAUCAUGAUAAAGUUAGUCAAGUCAGAGAAAUAAUACAAAAUACUUGUACAACAGAAAUAAGUGAUGAAGAAUAAAAAGUACUCGCUCUCUUUGAUGAUUCUAGAUUUUAUUCAAUUAUUUACAAAAUGAAAAAGACUUGCUUAAGAAUUGUGGAUUCACUUGCCAAAGGUUACCAUCAAUUAUUGAGAAAAAUAAGGAGAUUGCACACUUUUUAUUGAUAUCCAUUUGUCACUUUGAUGGGUUCGAAGAGUACUUUGAUCUUAUAUUAUCCUCUAGAUACCUAGAUGUUUUCAUUCAAAGUGAUAUAACUUAAAACUCACUAGAAUUAUUUGCAUAACUUUUUGGAGAACUUAAAUUGCCAUUGGAAUACAUCACACAAUAUAUCAAUUACUGUAUUGAGUAUUGCAAUAAUAUUAAGGUAUUUCAAAAAAAAUUAUAAAAAGGAAAAACAGUAGCAAAACAAACUUGUUAGAUAUGUGUCAAUAUUUAUACAGCAUAUGCUCAAAUAAAAAGCAUUUGCCUUAAAGGAUGUAUUAACCAACGUAAGAAAUCAUUUAAUUUAGUUAUAAGCCUUUUGUAUUGAGUUCUCCAAAGUAGGUGAAGUGUCAAAACUUUUUAAAUUAGUUAAAGCAUAAGAAGCAACGACCUUGUGA